AUGUCGGUCGUCCAAGCAGGACUCUGUCUUGCUCUACCGUCUUCUGAGACCGAACAAAUCUCGUCCUGCGACGACAUAGCCGCUCCAACAACAUUCUCGUUAUCGCAGAUAUCGUACAUCAAAAUAGAACAAUAUCCAACUAUGGCAACGGUUCCCAACUCGACGCAACUAGUUUUUACAGUGGUUAACAACGCCAACGGCGUCUCAACUGGGUGUAGCCCUCAGAACGUCGAGGUUAACGGUCAAUGGGGGGACGAUAGCAAUUAUUGGUACAAGUGUGUUGAUCAGAGCUUGGAGGUGAAUGGGGAUGAGGUUCCUCUUAGUACCAGUGCGCAUAUCAUUUGGGACCAAUGGCAGUUGAGUGUGAACCAAAGUUGGAGCUGUGGCGAUCAGUAUGUCUCCUCGCUUGCCCUUCCUAAGAACGGCAACUGUAAAAUUGUCGAUAAGAUGCUAAGCCCAAACACUUACAGGUCCACCGUGAGGCAUAUUUCUACCACGACACUCAAGCCGAGUUGUCAAGAGACCAGCAGUGCUUUUCAGUAUAUCAAUGAGUGCACGGUUCCUGACCUGGAGGCAACCGCGGCGAUUCAGUAA